GCCUAGAGAAGCAGAGUCGCAGGAACUGUCUUGCAACACAGGACGCUCAGUUCAUUCUUUCACUGGUCCGUAUAAGAAGCAGCAUGGCUGAGAAGGCACAGAAACAAGAGACUGAUGAGAAGGCGCCGUCAGGAGGAGAUGAAGGCAAAUACCUCCUCAAGACCCCCAAGGGCACUAGGGACUAUAACCCAAAGCAGAUGGCCAUUAGGGAGAAGGUGUUCAACACCAUCACCAACAGCUUCAAGCGUCAUGCAGCCGAGACCAUCGACACGCCGGUCUUUGAACUGAAGGAAACAUUAAUGGGGAAGUACGGAGAAGACUCCAAACUGAUUUAUGACCUGAAGGACCAGGGGGGAGAACUCCUGUCCCUCAGAUAUGACCUCACCGUGCCAUUCGCCCGUUACUUAGCCAUGAACAAAAUCACUAACAUCAAACGGUACCACAUCGCCAAGGUGUAUCGCCGUGACAACCCAGCUAUGACCCGUGGACGCUAUCGCGAGUUCUACCAAUGCGAUUUUGAUGUAGCUGGGCAGUACGAUCCCAUGAUUCCUGAUGCAGAGUGUCUGAAGAUAAUCUACGAAAUCCUAACUGAACUGGACCUGGGGAACUUCCAGAUCAAGGUAAAUGACAGAAGGAUCCUGGAUGGCAUGUUCAGUGUGUGUGGAGUUCCUGAUGACAAGUUCCGCACCGUCUGCUCCUCUGUGGACAAACUGGACAAGAUGCUAUGGGCCGAGGUGAAGACUGAGAUGGUGAAGGAGAAAGGACUCCCAGAGAGUGUAGCAGAUAUGAUUGGAGAGUACGUCAGCAAGAAAGGUGGACUGGAACUGGCCGAGAAGCUGUUGGAGGACCCUAAGCUGUCUAUGAGUGAACCUGCUCUUGCUGGCCUCAAGGACAUCAAGCUUCUCUUCGGGUACCUGCAGCUCUUCAAGAUCACAGACAAGGUGGUGUUUGACCUGUCUCUAGCGCGCGGGCUGGAUUACUACACAGGUGCCAUCUUCGAGGCUGUGCUGACCGGUGAUGGCAGUGGCAGCGCGGGACAGGACAUCAAUGUGGGCAGUGUUUCUGGGGGUGGCCGUUACGAUGGCCUGGUGGGGAUGUUCGACCCCAAGGGCCGCAACGUUCCGUGCGUAGGCUUCAGCAUCGGCAUCGAGAGGAUCUUCUCCAUCGUGGAACAGAAGACGGACGCUAAAGGUGUGAAGGUCCGUACAACAGAAACACAGGUAAUGAUCGCCUCAGCUCAGAAGAACCUUCUGGAAGAGAGACUCAAACUCACUGCAGAGUUGUGGGAUGCAGGGAUAAAGGCGGAGGUGAUGUACAAGGAGAACCCUAAACUCCUGAGCCAGCUGCAGCACUGUGAGGAGACGGGCAUCCCGCUGGUGGCCAUCUUGGGAGAGCAGGAGCUCCGGGAUGGCAUCGUUAAACUGCGUGACGUCGCCAACAGAGAAGAGGUGGACAUCUCAAGAGCAAACCUGGUGGAGGAGAUCAAGAAGAGAAUCUCUCAGUCAUAAGUCCAUGCAAACAAACACACCUAAAUGAAUCAAAGUUUUGAUAUCAAUCUGUAAAAUUUGUUCAGGAGACAUCAUCAUCAAUAAAGACAUAAAUAAAAUAA